ACAGUAAACACAGCACGCUCAGUGUGAAGAAGACGUCCCAAGAUGCACGCGGUCACCACGGUACUAGUAGCAGCCAUCGGGAUAUGUGCUAUCGCCAAAUCCCCAGGGGCUACAACAGCGCCGACAAUGCCACAAACUAUGAACUCCGGCGAAGAGGAUAAGCAAAUUCCUUCUCCGAUGAAUUACUUCAGGAAUGUUAUCAUACCCAAAUACAUGAUUCCCCACUACAUUAAAUACGUCGAUAAACCUGGAUUUUUGCCGCAACCAAUCGUAUUCACAGAUUCGAAACCAGACCUGCUGACUAAGGAAAUAAUUCACCUUAAUGAAAUGGAAACCGAUGAAAAUGAUGAAAAGGAAUUCAACGACUUGAUAACUAAAAACUUCAUGUCCCGCAUAAUGGAAGUCGGAAGCCCCGUCCCAAAACAAGUUUACUCGAGUGGCGGUUCAAAUAAAGCCGAAAUAAACCUGAAACAUGCUAACAUACCCGCCCCACAUUCAGACAUAAACUCAGCCAGACCCAUUGUGCAGCCCCAAUCCUUCAAUAUUCCCGAUGAACCUAAAGAAAUAACUGAAAAAGAAACAAAAGGUUUUGCUCUCACUCCAUUCAACAAAGAAUAUUACGAGGAACAAAAUAUUUCCGAGAAUACCAACGAAACUAUGCCAAAUGAUUCUGUCGAAAUUGCUGAACUCGAGGCUUUACCUAAAUUAGAACCUCGACAGAUCCGCCAGAAUCCCAACCUUGGAAAGGCCAAAGCCCUGGUUGCUGACGAUCUGGAUAAACUUAAAAUUGGACUGGCAAAUAAGGAGUACCGAUUACCUGUCUCGUUACUGCCAACUAAUCUGCGCUGGUUGAAAAUCACUCAUGAUGACGAUGUUGACGAGAGCUAUGGCGACGAUGGUUCCACGAAUAAACCUCAUCAUAUUCACUUGCUGGAAUCCGGUUCUUCUGAUCCUUCCGACUCUAUUUUUGGUGUUGCUCUGAUGGCGGCUAUAGGAACAGCCCUCACCAUGGCCAUUCUAGGAUUUGCUUUUGGCUGGUACACGUUAUCCAAAAGAGCCAAGGCUGCUGCUGAUGUAGAUUACCCGGCUUACGGCGUGACCGGACCUACUGUCGACAGCUCCGGCGACCGCAAGCUAGCUCAGUCCGCCCACAUGUAUCACUACCAACACCAGAAACAGCAAAUCAUUGCAAUGGAGAGGAAUGGACUUGACCAACGCCACGGCUCUAUGUCGGACCCGGAAUCUGAUGAGGAGAACGAAGAAGGAGAUUACACCGUUUAUGAAUGCCCCGGGUUUGCUACCACCGGAGACAUGGAAGUGAAGAAUCCGCUCUUCUCCGAGGACGCCACUCCUGCUACUCCUGGAAAGUGCGAGAUCGUCAAGCAACAACCCAAAAAGUAAAAAUAUCGACAACAUUCGUACAUCCAGCAUUAGCAACCAGCAUCCUUUAAAUCUAAUAUUACAUUUAUAUUAAAAUCUAUUUUUUUUAUCGUAUAUGUUAGACCAUGAUUGUCCACCUAUGUAAGAAAGUAGUAAACGGAUCCGAAAGGUGUGACAAGAAUAUUCAGAGGGAUUACAGAGACAGUUUAUCUAUUAGAACACUGUUCAUAUUUGAAAUAUAAUGUUUGGAUUCAUUCUGCUACUGCAGUGCGACGAUGAAAUAUUAUAAAUAUUAAAAAUGCAACGUUAAUUCGCUGUGUAAUACCAGAUUCAUUACACGGUUUCUUAAAAUUCAGACUGAUAACUUGUUGAUUCGUUCAAAACACCUGUUGCCUUCGUACGCUAUUACAACUGCCUAAAAUAGAAAUUAUACGCGAAAAGUCGUAGUUUAUUUAAAAAGGAAUUCUUUAUUAAAAUUUAUAUAAUAUAUAUAUUUUAAUGAAGCCACAAAGCCUGUGUUACUAUACAGUUUUUAAAAACAAGACAAACCUAAAUUAAUAAACGAAUUUAUUUUGUCUACAAAUUUAAAUUGCAUAUUUAACCAUUAAAGUCGAAAAUUAUUAAAAUACAUACUAUUUUUCAAGUAAAUCGUUUAAAUGGCCUAAGCCAAGCAAAGCAAAUAAAAGGUUAUCUAUUUUUAUGUUAAACUGUUAAGUCAAAUAAAACAUAUUGUUAUUACAUACACACACCAAUACAUAAUCAAUUAAAUUCAGCAAAAUAAUUAACAGGUUCUUGCCAGAAUUUUUACUAUAGUAGAAUAUAUUUAAUAUUUUAUUAAAAUAUGUUAAAUAUAUAUUUAUUGAUAAACCUAUUAUAUAUAAUAUGAAACAUUACCUAAAUAUUAAAUCGCCUUAAAUUGUUGUCAAAAAUUAGUUAUAUAAUAUAUCGAACAAAUGAACUAGAAUACACUACUUGGCACAAAACAAAAACAUAUCGUCUACAAAUAUUACCUUUACCUGUUUACGUCCUUUCAGAAAUGGCUAUUAAAUAUAUAAGAUAUUAGAAACAUGUGUAUUACUGGGAUGAUAUGUAUUACAUGAAAUAAAGUUUUGAAUUAAUAGUUGUUUUAGGGUGCAUGCUAUUCGUAUUAAAAUUAACUUUAGUGUAAUCAUAAUGUAAGCCAUCCCAAUGGAAUUUUAUCUGUAAUCAUCUCUAUUAAAUAAUUGUAAGCUAAUAACGUUUGUUCUCGUACUUGUUAAACCGUAGCAAAUAAUAUAAAAUAAAUUGUUCGGGUCAAACCUGAUUUUAUUAAUUAUUUUUGGAAUAUUUUAUGUAGAACCAUUAAAUCUUUCGUCAAUUGCAAUUGACUGACCGUCUCACUGUGCCACGGAGUUCAUUAAUAACAUACCGUAGUCAAUGAACUAUAAAAAUUAAUACAUAAAAACACUUAAAGAGAGGGAGGGAAUAUUGCAGAAAACAAAUUUUUACACCCCCAAGCUUCCUGUAUCCUCAGUUGUAAUUCUUUAGAAGAGUCUACAACAAUCUUAUUCUGAUUGUCAAUAGUAAUAGUAAGAGAUCAAAUGUUUCAAUUUUUUUAAUUUUGGUAGGGUUACAGUUAGUUUCACUUUUACACAGCUUUUUUUUUAAAUAACCAUAAUUUUGGUUAUUUAGAACACGAACAGAAAAAAAACAUUUGUCGAAUGCAUAAACAUGAUUUUUGCAAAAAAUAGAUACGUAAUUUUGCUUCUACGAUAAAAUUCAUAUAUAACCUACACCUGCACAUCAUCUCCAAGUCUACUUAUUUUACAGAUUAUAAUACAGAUGAAAUAUAUUGAUUCGUUAAUUAUAAAUUUAAUUAAUAUAAAUAUAAUAUGUAUA